GAGGAGGAGGCGGCCCUUCUGUAACCGGAAGUGUUUUUCCGAAAGCCAUGUGAGCUUUGACUUCUAACGAAAACGUUUACUAUUAAGGUUUGACUUCUACAGUAAACCCGAGGGGGGGAAAAAGUGAUAUUUUGGAGAGAUGACAUCACAGGAGGUGCGGCUGUGUGGUCUCCUCCUGAGAGAACACUUUGGUGAAGUGGUGGAGAAAGUUGGAGUUUACCUGCUGCGCAGUGGCACACUCAGUCUGCGGGCUCUGGCUCAUGAAACCAAGACUUCCCUUGACCUGGUGAAGAAGUGUCUAUGUGUUCUGGUACAGCACGGUAUGUCUAAGUUUGGUCCAGGCCGCAGGGGUCCUGCUGGUCCAGUUGAGUACCAGAUUAACUGUGAGCGCAUUCUCUACAUGCUCCGGUACCCGCGCUACAUCUACACGGCUAAGAGUCUGUACGGAGACACGGGAGAGCUGAUCAUAGAGGAGAUACUGCAGAGGGGUCAAAUGACCAUGAGCAGUGUGGUCAGGACUGUAGCAGACAGAUUGACACAGAAUAUGGAGGAUGGCCAGAGUAUGGACUAUGGCGAGGUGAUGAACGCGUUCUCCCGUUUGGUGGAGACUCACUUCAUUCAGCGCUGCCCUCCAGUGGAUAGUUUGGGAGCAACAGCCUCAAGAAAAUCAUCCUCAGGAACUUCUGCUACUUCAUCCUCAGGAGCUCCUGCUACAUCAACACCUCAGUCUGAUCAACCAGAGAGCCACCCAGACUGUUAUAAACUGCCUCAGAUAAACCUCUCUGGUCGGGGGAAACGCCGACGCUCAAGUGGAGAUGUAGAAGCAAACGAUAGAGGAGCAAAGAGAGCCAAAAUAGAUAACAGAGAGGACUGUGGAGAUGAGGGAAUUUACUGGCAGGUGAAUUUUGAGCGGUUUCAUUUACAUUUCAGACAUCAGGCCAUCAUCGGGGCUGUAGCUUCUAAACUGGACCAGACCAGCAGCGAGAUUGUCAGAACCAUGCUGAGAAUGAGUGAAGUGACGACACCAGCUACUGCUGCUUCCACACAAGCCGUUUCAGCUAACGAGAUCUUCCGAGCGCUGCCUCCCAGUUACAACAUCAGCAGACCCAUACUGGACCAGUACCUGACCCUACUGGUGGAUGAUCCGAUGGAGUUUGUGGGUAAGAUGGGUGACAGCGGAGGAGGAAUGUACGGCGUCAAUUUGCACAGAGCGCUGGCUAACCUGGCCAGAGCUACACUGGAAUCUGUAGUCCAGGAGCGAUUCGGUUCACGGUCAGCCCGGAUUUUUCGCCUGUUGUUACGGAAAAAGCACUUGGAGCAGAAGCAGGUGGAGGAUUUUGCCAUGAUUCCUGCGAAGGAGGCUAAAGACAUGCUGUACACUUUGCUGUCUGAAAACCUGGUCCAGCUGCAGGAAAUCCCAAAAACCCCAGAUCAUGCUCCUUCUCGUACUUUUUACCUCUACACUGUUAACCAGUUGCCCACCGCUAGGCUUCUGCUGCAGAACUGCUACAAGACGGUGGGUAACCUGAUAGAGAGGAGACUGUUUGAGACCAAAGAAAACAAACGUCAUUUGGAGAAGUCACAGCGCAUUGAAGCCAUCCUGGCAUCCCUGCAGGCCAGCGGGGCGGAGACAACUCAGCUGGCUGAGGUGGAAGAGAUGAUCACUGCACCCGAGAGACAGCAGCUAGAGGCUCUCCGACAUCAUAUCAACAAGCUGGAUUCGAGUGAGAACCAGGUAGACGAGACAAUAUUCCUUUUAGAAUCUUACGUUAACUCUGCUUCCUCACAUUGACACUCAGUGGAUGUUUAGCUAGUGAGAUCUGUUUCCUUAAGUUGUAUUUUUGCUGCAUAAACUCGUAAUGGUUUAGGUGCUUAUUUAAUUAUGAACUUCAGUCAUGUUGGUUUGUAAUUCCUUUUGUAUACAUGUUUUACCUAGAGGACUGAUUCUUUUAUUGAUGAUCUGGAUCAAUAUAAAAAUGUAUACCAUAAUAAUGAUGUUAAAGUAUUUCAUUUCAUGAAUGCUUGUAUGGGUGUCUGUUUGCCAAAUAUGAGCUCUCACAUCUGAGAGAAAGGACGCCAGCUUAGAGUGAAUUACAAAUCUUUAUUCAACAUCGAUUUUUGACUCAAAACAUGAGCGAUACAAACCUGAGAAAUUAACACCUACUGAAUAAAAAGUGUAUUUGUAUGCAGAUAAAUAAAAUGAAUUUGAUUUGAAUUACA